CAAUCACGAACUGGCUCGCCGAGCAACCCGUUGACUAGGAGACGGUCACCUCCGGGCAGAGCGAGCAUGACUGGGAAACGGCCACCUCCGGUCUAAACGAACAUGAUUGGGCAACCACUACCUCUGCCCUAGGCACGUCGGGCGCCGACAUGAUCGCUGGUACAAGAAAUUUUGCUCCUAAUGGCAUAUCAGGAACUAGAGUCUCGGGAAGAAAAACCCCGCUAGUCGCCGCGCCAAAUAUCCCGAGCGAGCUACAGCUUUGGUUUGGUGACAUCGCCAGGGCUUCCAAACGACGUUCCAGUAUGUUUGGCUUUCGCCGCAAAAGCCUUGACAACAACUUUCGGGAGUCAGUCACCACCAUGACUUCGUCGAGGCCUUCGGGGGAGGAGCUCAGGGCCCUGGUACUCAAAGGGGCCGACCCCAACUUUCUCUUGCGAGAGGAUCCAGUCCCCAAUAUGGGUCCUCCGGCGCCCCUUCAUACCGCCGUAAUUGCUAAGAACCUUGACUGCGUCAAGACGUUGCUCUGUCUCGGCGCGCGUCCGGAUGGUCCGCUUCCGCCCGGUGACCACUUUCGAUUCGAAUCGCCGCUAAUGGUGGCUACCCGCUUCAGCACUCUACCGAUCCUCGAGCUUCUCGCCAAGGCUGGAGCAGAUCCCAAUUAUGAAGCUACGCACACAACCGUACACGCAAUUAAUUAAGAGCUGCUUUACAGUUUAUGCAAUCGAUGAAACCCCCUCUCCGUUGCCAUUGAUAAGCGCGACCUCGACGCUCUACGAGCCUUGCUCGGGGCUGGAGCCAAUAUCGAAGGCACCGUCUUCACGGGGAUGGGGACAAGAGCAGACUACCUAAUCGCCCAUUCUAACCCCUUACAAUGGAACAUUAUUUGAAGUGCAAGCC